AUGGCAGGCGCUCAUCCCGGCCCGGCCAGGCCCGCGACGCGCUCGGGGACGCUGCGGCGACACCGGCAGGCACACCUGUUGCCACGCGUCGCGGGAGGUAUCUGUCGCGCAGGCCGGGCGGGCACCACCCUCGCCCAGUUCAGAACAAAGAACAAAGCGCGCGGCGGGCCGGGGCGAGACGCCCGCACCCGGGGAGGCCAGAGGCGCCCCCUGCGCGGACCCCCGGCUUCCUCCCGCAGCACCGCGUCACGCGCCGCAGGGAGAGCCCAUCUACACGCUCGGAUUCCGGGCCUGCGAGCCGGGACUGUCGCCAAACCUAACCAGAGCCGAGCCGCUGGACUGUCCGAGCGCGGCCUCCGUCCACGCCCACAGGAGGUGUCACGGCCACUUCCGGCCAUGCCAAGGCACCGCCCCACGGGCGCGGACUACAGUUCCCAGGAUGCGCCGCGCAGAGCCCGGGACUAUAUUUCCCAGAGGCCCCUGCGGCAUCGAGGUCGCGCCGCAUCCGUCAGCCACUUCCGCCCGCCCGUGCGCGGCUCCUGGGAACUGGAGACGCGCAGGGAGCAGUUUGGUGUCCUCAGUGGGCAAAGAGGGCGAGGCACGAGCGGGACGGAGGAGAGCUGCGAGGGGACAGGGAGUAGCAAGAGGACGCCGGAGAAGGGACAGAAAACGGCGAGCACAGCGGCACUAAUAAAAGUCACACUGGAGAACGCAGUCGAUGCUGCGGGAACGCGAUCGUUCCUGUACAAGCGGAGCAGGGCCAACCGCCCUGAUGGCCGCCCUUGGCGGCCCGCGGGCACGCGCGGUCCCGUGGCCUGGACGUUGCGCGGGGCCCUGGUCCCACGCGCGCCCUUCGCCGGGUCUCCUCCACUCUGGCCGGCCGCGUGGGCGCGGGACACGUGCUUCCCGGGUGCCCGCUGCAGCUUGCUGGGUAGUCGUGGCCGAGUGGCUUCCCUCGCGCCCAACUCAGUGGGGUUCGAAGACCUGGGGCCAGCCGAGGGCGCCCCCUUUUGGCUCGAGCGGGCUGAGCGCGGGCGGAGCGCGGGCGGAGCGCGGAGCAUUCAUAAGACGACGUUGGGGACGUUAGCUUGCCAGUUCCUCGUUAGUAUAGUGGGCAGGAACCUCGAGCUGCAGCGGGGCUGUGGCCCGCGCAGCCGCCCACUCACCACUGAGCCCGACCUGGCGCCGACCACUGACUGCCCCACCUCUGAGACCCUGAGCCCAGAAGCCACAAGCUUCAGUGACGGUACAGUCCCUGACACAGCCGGUGGUGCAGCUGGUGCGGGCACCGUGCCAGCCUUUGGAAUCAUCACUGAGAUUGGCCAGAUUGCGGCCAUAGUUUUGUACAUCAGGAAGAAGGGGCUGGAGAAGCUAUGCCGCCAGCUCGUGCCUACGUACCACUUUGACCCCGUGGAGCAGCAAGACAAACCGGAGCAGGAGCUGCUGGAGCACAGCUGAGAUGCAGGCCAGAGCACUCUCCCCUCCCCGGGCCCUCUGCACAGGCCCAGCCGACUGGUGUUUACUGAUGUGGCCAAUGCCAUCCAUGCGUGA